ACAAUCUUGAGUACGUCGCCAGUAGUGUCUUUUGAUGAUGAAAGGAGUGAGGCGAGGGUGGUAUGCACAAGGUGCUCAUAACCGUAAAAGCGGCAACACAAACCACUCCAAAAGAGACGAAUGAGCUCGGCAACUUUUUCGACUCCGCGACAAGAACAAUCAACUUCGAAUUUUUUGCGAUUUGAUUCGGAGCACGUCUGUGGUUUCGUCCCAUCUAGCCAUGAAGCCUACCGCCCAGCUUUGCGGACGUCUGCGCUUCACGACCAAAGAAGUCGGACGUGGCUUCUACCGAGGAAAUCGAACAGGCUCAAAAGGAGCUCAUACUGGGUUCGGAGGAUAUGUCAUUGAUUGGCGAAAGACCUCGCAUUACAAUGUGCCGGAUAUGGAAGGAUUCUCUUUGACGCCCUUCGUGACGCUGGAGAUGGAACCGACGAGCAGAGUUCGAGAGCAUCCCGACGGAACUCUUCACACACCAGAUAAAGUCGAUGCAAUGCAGUUCCUCCGAGACUGGAAGAGGCUCAAUACUGAAGAAUACGACCGUUACUGGGACUGGCAAGAGGCGGAGGAAAAUAAGAGGAUACAGGAGGAGGAAGCACUCCGCACACCUGCGAACGCGCAAGUAGAUUUCUAUCCGGAAGAGAAGCAGCCAGAAUCUAAGACACCCUGAAGUCAAGCAAGGAUGAGGAUGUGCAUCUGAAUGUGUCGAUGUUACAAUGCCUGGCCAUUUGCAAGAAGGCGUCUCACUCCAGGACAUGUCAAAUUAACCAGAGGUGUUUGGCAGACACUUCGACCUGAACGAUGCGAUCGCCCUGCCUGCCGAGCAUUACGAAGAGCCAAGCUACUGGCUGUCGAGUGGCAGGUUGCGACACGAUUCUGGGCUCAAUAGUCAGCAUGAGCAGGACGAGGUAACGCCCUU